CCUCUGUGUAACGCUGAUAUCCUUCCCCCGACUUCCUCUCCGGCAUCGGACUCUUUAUCAGUCGCAUCGCCCGGCGGACGGAGAUGAUUAUGGUGAGGCCUUCCUGUCACCCGCUUCGGGGAUGAAACUGCCUGGACUAUGGAGACCAAUCACAUCGUCAGGACAUGAAUGGGACGAUCGCCUGGCCGGUUUAUGUGAAUGGGACGAUCGCCUGGCCGGUUUAUGUGAAGAUCUGACCCAUCCAGUGGUCUCCCGGGCCCAGUAUGGCCCAGAUCUCCAGCAGUAAUGGCUUCAGACAGUCUUCGGCGGCUCGGCCUCUGGGAACGAAGGAUGUGGGGAAGGAGGAAGCCUUGCAGAUGGAAGCGGAAGCUUUGGACAAGCUUCACAAAGAGAGGAGACAGCCGUAUGCCAGCCGUGGCGCCACGUUCACCAGAGCCCAUCCCACGCCCUCGGCCCUGAGCAAGCAGGACCACGAUCUGAUGGCGUUCCCGGAAGUGGACGCCAGGAGGUGGUCGGGGAAGUCCCUGCAGAGUAUAGACCUGGAGAAGGUUCCUAUGGCUGAACUAGAGAAGUUUCUCUUGGAUGACAUGUUUGAAGCCCCCAAAGCAGCAGCUCCCACCCAGCUGCCGGUGUUGAAUCCGGUGGUCUCGGCACCAUGCUUCACUCCGUCGUUCCCGGGUGGUCAGUGGGCAUCUAGAUUGCAAGCUCCGGUGCCUUCUUCUUCUUUGCCGCCAACCUUUUCAUUUCCAAAAUGCGUGGAUCCAUUUCAGAACGGAUUCAGUCCCAACGCGUCUGCAGGGCAGCGCAGGGAGCCGUUGUUUCUCAGUCUUCCGGCACGUCCUGCGUUCAUUUCCUACGCCCUACCACCCAGCUCGCCCUUCCACCCCCGAGGAGCUCUGCCCACCUAUUCUGCUCCCUUCACCCCAGACAUGGCCAAAUUAUUAGACAAAGUUGCAAAGGCCUCACAAUUUCAGAGGAAUGGAAAGGCCAAUCAUGACACUCCUACAACGCAAAGCACAAGCGCAGACUCUCCUGGAGAGAAGGCCAGUAAGACUGAUGACAUCAGCAAAUUUGAUUGGCUGGACCUGGACCCUCUCAGCAAACCCAAGGUGGACAGUGUGGACCUCUGCGCCGUCUCUCUGGAGGGUGAUGGCGCCUGCAGCGAGAUUGUGGCUGAAGAUCCUUGGGAUGCUGUGUUAUUGGAAGAGAAACCUCUGAAGACCACCCAGUCCGAGAGGAAAGCCAACCUGAAAUCCCCUUCCGGUGCUACAGUCACUCGCAGUCAUUCCUUGAACCUGAGGCCAGCCUACAUCUCGCUACCCAGAGGCCAGUCAGUGGAGGGUGACAAUGAGAGACCGUCACGGAUCCCGCCAGGAAAUGCGGUUCUGCGGGAACUGGAAGUUCAGGAUGAAGAGGCCGCGGCGUUCUGUGAAGAAAUUGAGAGGUUGAGGAGGAAAUUUCCCACCGAUGAUUUGGCAACCAAUCCCGGCUUUGUGCUGAGCGCCGUCAUGUCGCAGCGCAAUCUCAGCGCAGACUGCUGCAGCGUGAAGGUUUCCAUAGUGAUUGACGGCUUCCAGCAGCCCGUCACCUUUACCUGUGACAUAAGCUCUCCGGUCGAGCUGAUCAUUAUGCAGGCGCUGUGCUGGGUCCACGAUGACCUGAACCAGGUGGACAUGGAGAGCUACAUACUGAAGGUGUGCGGCCAGGAGGAGGUCCUGCAAAAUAAGCAUUGCCUGGGAAGCCACGAGUACAUCCAGACCUGCCGCAAGUGGGACACGGAAAUCCGUCUGCAGCUUCUGUGUCACCGGACGGUGUGCCGAGCCAUGGCACGCACGGAUGAAGACGAUGCAACGCCGAUUGACCUUCAUAGACAUUUGGCCCUGCUGGACAGGCCUUUCCAGGAGCCCCUCACCCGACAAAGCAUUGAAGAAUUACUGGACACUUAUCAUGAGCAAGUCAGCGUUUGCCUUAAAAAUGAGAGUAAUCCAUACAGAGCUGCUGACCAAAUCAUCAAAUCGGUGAGAAAUAUCUGCAAGACUGUAGACAGUGUGGAGACCCCGUCCAUAACAGACUGUGUCAAGAAGUUACGGAGGGCUGUGAACUUACCCCGGAGCCGCAGCAUAGAGGGGCCCUCCAGUCCGGUUGAGGGAUGCAAGGACGGUUCAUCAGAGGGUAUUCCCCAGAAUGACAGUCCUUUGCAGGAGAGUUUACAGCAAUUAACAACGGCGGUUCACAAACUUCUGCAGCUUCACUUCUCUUCCGGGAACACCGACUUGGACCCCAGUAAUAGCCGCCCGCUAAAAGAGGCUCGCAGCUCCGCUGACCAUCUCCAGUUCACUAUAUUUGCUGCUCAUGGGAUUCCCACAGGUUGGGUGUCCAGCUAUGAGAAGUAUUAUAUAAUGUGCUCCUUGCUGUAUAACGGGAAAGAUUUGUUCAAACCGGUUCAGUCCAAGAAAGUGGGAACCUACAAGAGCUUCUUCUAUCUGGUGAAAUGGGACGAGCUGAUCAUUUUCCCCAUCCAGAUCGCACAGCUGCCAUUAGAGUCCAUCCUUCAGCUCCGCCUGUACGGGAUCCUGAACCCAAACAGCGGGGGUUCCCCGGACUCCAAUAAGCAGAGGAAGGGACCAGAGUUGCUGGGACAGGUGUCCUUACCGCUCUUCAGCUUCAGGAGAACGCUGACAUGUGGAACCAAACUUCUAAACCUGUGGACCUCCCUCCUGUCCGGUGCCGGGCCGGUGACUGUGGGCAGGAGGACACUGCCGAUGCAGAAGCUGGUCAUACAGGUGGAUUUCCCCUCUCCGAAUUUCUAUAUUGUGUACAAAGCUCCAGAGGCGACCAGCAGCGGCUCACCGCAGACCAUCGAUACUCUGGAGAAGGAUACCAAGAACAGACUGCUGACUCUCCUCUCCAAAGAGGCCCUGUCUGGGUUAUCGAAGGAAGAUAAAGUCUUUCUGUGGGAGAAACGUAACUACUGCUACCAGAACAGGAACUGCCUCCCCAAGAUCCUGGCCAGCGCCCCCAAAUGGGACGUCUCCUAUUUGGGCGAUAUCUAUUCCCUGCUGCGCUCCUGGCCGCCCCUCACCCCAGUCUGUGCGCUGGAGCUGCUAGACUCCAGGUUCACAGAUCAGGAGGUGCGCUCGGCAGCGGUGAGAUGGGUUCAGGACGCCAUGAGUGACGAUGAGUUGGUGGAUCUGCUGCCGCAGUUUGUGCAGGCCCUAAAACACGAGAUUUACCUGGACAAUGCGCUGGUGCACUUCCUUCUGUCGCGCUCUCUGGGGAAUAUCCGCGUCGCACACUAUUUAUACUGGCUUUUGAAGGACUCUCUGAAUGAUCCGCACUUUGGGAGCCGCUAUGAGCAGAUUCUGGGCGCUCUUCUCUCCAUCGUUGGGAAAGGACUGCGGCAAGAACUGGAGAAACAGACCAGACUCACCCAGCUUCUGGGCGUGGUGGCGGAGAAGGUCCGGCAAGCCAACGGUUCUGCGAGACAAGUUGUCCUUCAGGAGGGGAUGGAACGGGUGCAGCUUCUCUUCAGGAAGAAUAAGAUCCGUUUACCGCUCAGCCCGAGUCUGGAGGCCAAAGAGCUGAAUGUGAAGGCGUGCUCCUUCUUCAACUCCAAUGCAGUUCCCCUGAAAGUAACCAUGGUGAGCGCCGACCCGCUGGGGGAGGAAAUCAACUCCAUGUUUAAGGUGGGAGAAGAUCUGCGGCAGGACAUGCUGGCUCUGCAGAUGAUAAAGAUUAUGGACAAGCUGUGGUUACAGGAAGGGCUGGACAUGCGGAUGGUCCUCUUUAAAUGUCUUUCCACUGGAAAAGACAGAGGUCUGGUGGAGCUGGUUCUGUCUUCUGAUACCCUGAGGAAAAUCCAGGUUGAAUACGGAUUGACGGGUUCCUUCAAGGACAAACCGCUGGCAGAGUGGCUGCGAAAGUAUAACCCGUCCGAGGAGGACUAUGAGAAGGCCUCGGAGAACUUCAUCUACUCCUGUGCUGGUUGCUGUGUGGCCACCUAUGUGCUGGGGAUCUGCGAUCGUCACAACGAUAACAUCAUGCUGCGGAGCACCGGUCACAUGUUUCACAUCGACUUCGGGAAGUUCCUCGGUCACGCCCAGAUGUUCGGAAGCUUCAAGAGGGAUCGCGCUCCCUUCGUCCUGACCUCAGACAUGGCGUACGUCAUUAACGGAGGAGAGAAACCCACCCGCCGCUUCCAGCUCUUCGUAGAUCUUUGCUGCCAGGCCUACAACCUUCUCAGGAAACACACCAACCUCUUCCUGAACCUGCUGUCCCUGAUGAUUUCCUCUGGGCUGCCGGAACUUACUGGGGUUCAGGAUCUGAAGUAUGUCUAUGAUGCUCUCCAGCCGCAGGCCUCGGACGCCGAGGCCACCAUCUUCUUUACCAGGUUAAUUGAGUCCAGCUUGGGGAGCGUCGCAACAAAGUUUAAUUUCUUCAUUCACAACCUGGCCCAGCGCUUCUCAGGGAUCCCUGUAAACGACGAAGCCAUCCUGUCCUUUUCCCCGAAGGCGUACUCUAUGAAGCAGGACGGGCGCAUCCGAGAGGCCUCCAUCUUCACCUACCACAAGAGAUACAACCCCGAUAAAUACUAUAUUUAUGUGGUGAGAGUUAUACGGGAGGUUCAGGACGAUUCUGCCUUCAUUUUCCGCACAUUCGAUGAGUUCCAAGAGCUGCACAACAAGCUGAGCAUCCUCUUCCCACUCUGGAAGCUGCCGGGGUUCCCCAGUAAGAUGGUCCUUGGAAGAACCCAUAUAAAAGAUGUGGCUGCCAAGCGCAAAGUGGAGCUAAACAGCUACCUCCAGAGUCUGCUGAGCAGCUCCCCCGAGGUGGCCGAGUGUGAUCUGGUGUACACCUUCUUCCACCCGCUGCCACGAGAUGAGAGGGCGGACGGGAGUGACGUCACUGUUCGGGAUAUUGAACAUCCCCCGCUGAGCCCCACCUCUGGAAAGAUUGAGGGGGAGGUGAAACUGUCCAUCUCUUAUCGGAACGGGACGCUCUUCAUAAUGGUGAUGCACAUUAAAGAUCUGGUGAUUGAGGACAGCACAGACCCCAACCCUUAUGUGAAGACCUACCUGCUCCCCGACCCGCACAAAACAUCCAAACGCAAAACAAAAAUCGCUAGAAAGACCUCCAACCCCACCUUCAAUGAAAUGUUGGUGUACAGUGGAUACAGUAAGGAGACGUUGCGGCAGAGGGAUCUCCAGCUCAGCGUUCUGAGCGCCGAGUCGUUGCGGGAGAAUUUCUUUCUGGGCGGAGUCACGCUUCCACUGAAAGACUUUAACUUGAAACAAGAGACAGUCGGCUGGUACAAGCUAACGGAAGUGCCGUACUUCUGAGUGACCGCUCCUUCCUCCCCGACCGCAUCGGACUGACCAACCCCAUGCUGAGAUAUCGGAGAGGAUCUACCGAGCGAUCGAUCUGUACUGACUGUUUACUGCAGUUACUUUUUGUGUCAUUUACGAUGGAACAUUUCUUACACGUUUUAUGACAAAGUGAUCUGUCCUGAUAACAGAGAGCACUGCCUGGACCCUGUGGAUAGUCCCGCUAUCUGUAAUGAGGAGAUGGGGCUCCCUGCCUGCCCUGCCAUGACCACUAAGGAGCGGCGGACUGAAUACAGGCGUCUACUUGACCACGGUUCCCGCCAUGACCCACUAACACCAUAACUUGAACAUGUCUUCUUGAGCAUUCCAGAACCACUUAUAGAGGAAGUAUCUAGUGAUCACCCUGUAAUGUUGGGGCCAUCUAGUGAUCACCAGGAUAUGUUGGGGCCAUCUAGUGGUCACCAUGUAAUGUUAGGGCCAUCUAGUGAUCACCAUGAAAUGUUGGGGCCAUCUAGUGAUCACCAUGAAAUGUUGGGGCCAUCUAGUGGUCACCAUGAAAUGUUAGGGCCAUCUAGUGAUCACCAUGAAAUGUUGGGGCCAUCUAGUGAUCACCAUGAAAUGUUGAGGCCAUCUAGUGAUCACCAUGAAAUGUUGGGGCCAUCUAGUGAUCACCAUGAAAUGUUAGGGCCAUCUAGUGAUCACCAUGAAAUGUUGGGGCCAUCUAGUGAUCACCAUGAAAUGUUAGGGCCAUCUAGUGAUCACCAUGAAAUGUUGGGGCCAUCUAGUGGUCACCAUGAAAUGUUAGGGCCAUCUAGUGAUCGCCAUGUAAUGUUGGGGCCAUCUAGUGAUCACCAUGAAAUGUUGGGGCCAUCUAGUGAUCACCAUGAAAUGUUGAGGCCAUCUAGUGAUCACCAUGAAAUGUUGGGGCCAUCUAGUGAUCACCAUGUAAUGUUGGGGCCAUCUAGUGAUCACCAUGUAAUGUUGGGGCCAUCUAGUGAUCACCAUGAAAUGUUAGGGCCAUCUAGUGAUCACCAUGAAAUGUUAGGGCCACCUAGUGAUCACCAGGAAAUGUUGGGGCCAUCUAGUGAUCACCAUGAAAUGUUGGGGCCAUCUAGUGAUCACCAUGAAUUGUUGGGGCCAUCUAGUGAUCACCAGGAAAUGUUGGGGGCAUCUAGUGAUCGCUGUGAAAUGUUAGGGCCACCUAGUGAUCACUAUGGAGUGUUGGCUCCACCUAGUGAUCACCAUGAAAUAUUGGCUCCACCUAGUGAUCGCUGCCGUUUCUGCACUUUUCUAGAGCACAUGUGGAGUAGACUGUACAGAGCGCUGUUUCCGAUUGACAUUUGUUGUAAAUAUUUUAUCCUUAUGAUCUGCUCCUCGGGCAUUCACAGAAAUGUUUUUAAACUUGGAGAAGAACGACUGUUUGCCGUCAGUCUUUUGUAUCCGUCACCCAGCAAUAACGGCUCCUCUUCAUCUGUAUAUAGAGACGCGGUGCUCGCCAUAUAACCAGAGCGCCGCUGGUAGAACACGCUUUUCCUGGGAUCCGUCGCUCAGCAUGCUGUAUAAAGGGAAUCUGGGGAAAGAUCGACUAUUUUAUUAAUCUAGUGAGCGUAGAUUACACCCGAGACCAUACAACCAAAGCUCUAGACUUUUCCAAAGGUUUGCUUGUACAAUAGAUAAUUCUAUUUUAUUACAAAUAACUAAUUUCACAAAUAGAGUUUUGAUAUAAAGGAAAGAGGAUCGUCGCUUUUCCUGGAUGUAGCAAUAUAAUCUAGAACUAUAUAAAAUAACAUGUAUCCAUUUUAUCAGAUGGCAGGCCGGGGCUCUGAGGAUUAUCCAGUAUAUAGAGAUGAAGCGCGCGCAAAGAGCGCUGCCCUGCCCCCCAUCCCCCGUCAUCGCAUCGUAUUGUCUAUAAGUGUACAUUGUAUUUAUUGUGUGUCUGUCCUCCACUAACCGCCUUCCUCGUCUUCUUUAUUUUUUUGUAACGUGAAGAGAAAAUUGUGUCUGGCACAUUAUUUUAACGCGGAUGAAUUAGAGAUUUCCUGAUAAAUUCUACUUAUCGGCCAAAAGAUAAUAUUUCUCACUUUUUGUUCAAAUAAAAUUUUGCUAGUUUUGCAUUCA